AUGGAGACUCAGCAGGUCACACCUGGAUCCAUUGCCAACCCGGUAAAAUGUUGGGGCCAGGACUAUGUAGCUCUCCUAGAUGCGUGCGUUAAAUCCGGUUCGCUGUUCUCUGACACAACCUUCGCCCCGGACCAGAGCUCCAUCGGCAUGCCUACCGACCCAGACCCCAAAAAGGAGAUCAAGUGGCUGCGACCCAAGAACAGAGGAGUACUUCUGUCUGAGAUCAGUGCCAAUGCGGUGUUUGUGGAGGACACGACGUGCACCACCGAUAUCUGCCAGGGCCAGCUGGGUGACUGUUGGCUUCUGGCUGCCCUGUCCUGCCUUACCAUGCACCCCAAUCUCUUUGUCAAAGUGGUACCACCUAAUCAGAGCCUGACAGAAUCCUAUGCUGGCAUCUUCCACUUCAUGUUCUGGCAGUAUGGUGAGUGGGUGGAGGUGGUAGUGGAUGACAGGCUACCUGUACGCGAGGGCCGCCUGCUCUUCAGCUACUCCUGUACCCGCAACGAGUACUGGAGCGCCCUGGUGGAGAAAGCCUAUGCCAAGCUGAUCGGGUCGUAUGGCAGUCUGAAGGGGGGUAAUAUCUCUGAGGCGAUGGAGGACUUCACAGGCGGCAUAGCCUACUCCCUCCCUGUCUCCUCACGCACCCCAAGGGUCAUGUGGAGAGCCCUCUCUGCUGCCCUGUCCCGUGGCAGCCUGCUCAGCUGCUUCAUACAGGCUAGUAACUAUCGUGAGAUAGGCACAGUGACUGCAGAGGGACUGGUGAAGGGCCAUGCCUACGCCAUCACAGACACUGACACGGUGAAGAAGCCGGAUGGUGAGGCCUUGUUGCUACGGUUGAGGAAUCCCUGGGGCUUUGUGGAGUACUCUGGACCCUGGAGUGACAAGAGUAAAGACUGGGAUGAUGUGGAUGCUGCUGAAAAGAAAAGGAUUGAGCUGAAAAAGAGUGAGGAUGGAGAGUUCUGGAUAAAUGUGGAGGACUUCAACAGGCUGUUUGACACAGUGGAGCUGUGUAGCGUGAACCCUGAACCCAUAGUGGACGAGGACACACCCGACUCCCCUGCCGCCCCCACCUCUGCAUGGACCCUCAGCUCCCACAAAGGCUCCUGGAUAUCGGGCUCCACUGCAGGGGGCAGUCGUAGUUACCGUCGAUCCUUCUGGAAGAAUCCCCAGUUCCAGCUUGUCCUUGCCGAGCAGGACAAGGAAGAAGAAGAUGAUGAAGACGAGGAUGAAGAGAUGACCCCGGAGGAGAAGAUGGUGGCAGAGAAGCAGAAGAAGAAAGCAAAGCAGUGCACCGUGCUGGUGGAACUACUGCAGAAAGACCGGAGAAAGAGGAAUAAAAUUAACUUUCUCCACAUCGCCUUCCACAUCUACAGGGUUCCUCCAGAGCUCCGGGGCCUGUGUUUGGACCAGAGUUUCUUCUCUAACCAGCAUCCUGUGGGGCGCUCUGGGAAGUACCAGCCCCUCAGGGCUGUGUGGAGGAAGGUGAGGCUGGAACCGGGAAACUACGUGAUCCUGGCCUCCACCUACAGGCCCAACCAGCCUGCGGAAUUCUUCCUCCGCGUCUACUCCAAGACUGGCAACAAUCUGGGGACCCAAGACUUCACCUGCUCCACUGGCUUCCUCAUGGUAAUGUCAAUGCCACCAGUCUUGCCAGAGGAUCGCAAGAGAGUACAGAAGACCUUUGAUGAGGUGGCGGGGCCGGAUGACAAGCUGAAUGCUAAGGAGUUCAUGAAGCUGGUUAACUCAGUUCUGGAGAAAGACUACCAGCUGCCACUGGAGACAUGCAGACAGCUCAUCUUUGGAGAGGAAACUGGGGGGCGUAGCAGUCUGACCCGAGAUCAGACAGAGCCUCUGCUGGCCUCUCUUCGCAGUCUGCAGUCCAUCUUCUUCAAGUUUGAUCAGGACUCUUCAGGGACUAUGAGCCCCUUUGAGCUUAGUCUGGCCCUCCAGGCUGCUGGUGUGCAGUGUGAUGGCCAGGUCAUACAGCUGCUAUGGGAGAGGUUUGGCUCAGGGGAGCUGCACCUGCCUUUCCAUGGCUUUGUGGCAUGUGUCACCAGGCUGCGCAAGCUAUUCGCCUUGUUUAAAUCAGAGAGCAACCCAGAGAUCAAAGGCGUAGAAAUCAAUGCCUGGCUGCUCCGACUCCUGACCGUGUGAGCGUGCUCUGUAAAGAGGGGUUCUGCGUGAGCACUACAGGGGCAUUCUGUCUGACCAGGACCACAUGAUAACAUCAUGCCUCCACCGGCGCCCUCGUCCACCUUUACACAAACAUCCCCUGGCCUUUGUCAGCAUACGAUACCCCACUGCUAUAGGAACUGUCACAUUAGCAGUGACAGAAUAACAGCCUCAAAGCAGUAUGCGAUGACUAUGUCACACAGCACAUUCUAUUCUACUAUUAUCACGCCCUGACCAUAGAGAGCCUUUUUAUUCUCUAUUUUGUUUAGGUCGGGGGUGACUAGGGUGGGUAAUCUAGGUUGUUUUAUUUCUAUGUUGGCCUGGUAUGGUUCCCAAUCAGAGGCAGCUGUUUAUCGUUGUCUCUGAUUGGGGAUCAUAUUUAGGCAGCCAUUUCCCCACUGUGUAUUGUGGGAUCUUGUUUAUGUGUAGUUGCCUGUGAGCACUCCAUAGCUUCACGUAUCGUUUGCUUUUUAUUGUUUUGUGCGUUUCACGUCAAUAAAUUAUGUGGAACCCAUAUCACGCUGCGCUUUGGUCCGAAUGUUCUUACGACGAUCGUGACAACUAUAAUGUACAGCGCUGUCACUCUCUACUGCCAUAUUGUGUUAUAGUGCUUUACAUGAAUUUACAUGGAGAUACACACGCCCCCCCUCACCAACCUGGCACCUACUACCAUACCCCGUUCAAAGGCACUUCAAUCUUUUGUCUUGCCCAUUCACCCUCUGAAUGGCACAUAUUACACAAUCCAUGUCUCAAUAGACUUAAAGAUCCUUCUUUAACCUGUCUCCUCCACCUCAUCUACACUCAGUGUAUAUCAGCUAUUUCAGCUAAGUAUUUUCAGUAUUUCUGUUAUAUGUUUUCAGUAGUAUUUAUUCUCCCUAUUUCAUCGUCUGACUUUUUAAUAGUGAAAAUGUAGUUAAACUGUUGAAAAUGAUCAAUUAAAAAAUGCAAUAAUAAAAUG